UUAAGUGUUAUCUUAACCUCUCUCCUCUGCAGUUCAGAACACUUGGAAGUGGCAAAAAGCACACAGACAAUGAAUGAAGAGGAACUGAAAAGAGUCUCUGCAAAUUAUGAUGCUUUUUUCUUUCACCCGAGCACGUACCGCUGUGCCAGACUCGCCGUGGGAGCAGCUUUGCAGCUGGUGGACGCUGUCAUCUCAGGGAAGGUGUGCAAUGGAAUGGCUUUAGUAAGACCUCCAGGCCACCACAGCCAGAGAAAUGCAGCUAAUGGGUUCUGUUUGUUCAACAACGUUGCUAUUGCUGCAGAAUAUGCAAAACUGAAAUAUGGUCUGCAGAGAAUCCUAAUAGUUGACUGGGAUGUGCACCAUGGGCAAGGAAUUCAGUACACAUUUGAAGAGGACCCAAGUGUUUUGUAUUUUUCCUGGCAUCGCUAUGAACAUCAGGAAUUCUGGCCAUCACUCAGAGAAUCUGAUUAUGAUGCUGUGGGUCAGGGAAAAGGAAAAGGUUUUAACAUAAAUGUGCCUUGGAAUAAGGUUGGGAUGGAAAAUGCAGAUUAUCUUGCUGCAUUUUUCCACGUGUUGCUUCCAAUGGCUUUUGAGUUUGGUCCUGAACUGGUUAUUGUCUCCUCUGGAUAUGAUUCUGGGAUUGGUGACCCUGAAGGUCAGAUGAAUGCCACUCCUGAGGUUUUUGCCCAUCUUACCCAUUUCCUGAAGCAGCUGGCUGAUGGAAAGCUGUGUGUCAUCCUAGAGGGUGGAUACCACUUAAAGUCGUUGUCUGAAUCAGUCUGCAUGACUGUAAAAACUUUGCUUGGAGAUCCUCUACCUCAAAUAACUGGAGAAAUGGCACCUUGUCUAAGUGCUGUUGAGUCUAUUCAAAAUGUGAGAGCAGCACAUAAACACUACUGGAAAUGGUUGAUGUAUGAAGUUCCUGUGCCUCCCAUCAGAACAGCAACAUCUGACUCUAAAAGUUCAGCACAUUUUCUCCCUGUACCUGUUCAUUUGGUGAAGGAAAUGGACAAAACUGAAAUAAAAGCUCUUGUCAGUGACUUUUUUGCAGACCUUGUGAAAGAAGACAAAACUUUGCUGUCCCUUAGCAGUAUGUUGGCCAUCCUAGAUAAAAUACUGAAGAAGGAGGUAUGCAAUGGGUUUACAGAAUCACCCACAGCUGCUGUUUCUGUUGCUGUUGCACUAAGAUAUUCUGUUCUUUCGGGAUUUCAAAGAGUGCUCUGUAUAUUUGUUGGAGACAUGCAAGUCAUACCAAACACAGAAGAUGGAAAAAUACUCAUCAUACAUAUUUGUGAGAAAGAACAGUCUGGAAAGACUAGCUCCAAACACUAUAUUUCUCUAAACUGGAAACAGGAUGGUGAAGGAAAUGACUUCUUCUCUGCUGUACUUGGAUUCAUUCUUCCUGUAGCAUAUAGUUAUCAACCUAACUUGACAGUAAUAGCUGUUGGACCAAACAGGAGCCUUGGGAUAAGUGGAAUUUCUCUGCUUUUUGCCCUACUACAAGGAUUAGCUGAGUCACGAAUUCUUGCAGUGAUGGAGGACACAGAGAUAAAUUUAAUGCAAAGUGUAGCCAAAGCAUUAGUGGGUGCUUCUACACCCCACUUUGGAGUUUAUCUACCUCCUACCCAAGAACAAAUAAAGAAAAUAAAAAUAUUAAGAGACCAGUUUCAGGAAGAGUGGAAAAUGCUUCAGUGUUCAGUGAAGGAUGGGAUUUCUAGAAACUGA